UAUUUGUUGAAAAGAAAAAAUUCGCUGAUAAGCUUGUGAUAAUGAAAUACUAUAAAAUCUACCAAAAUUUGCACAAAUAUUAUAGUUUAGAAGAUACUGCAUAGCUAUGAAAUUCCUACUAUUCGCUGCACUCGUUGCCAUUGCGGCCGCUCGGCCUUCAAAGAGUGGCACGCUCUUCCCUGAGUCUGCAGGACCCAUAAUUCAAGAACCAGAAAACAUCAACACCAACCCAGCCCUUGUUGACGAAACCGAGAACAUCAACACCGACCCAGCCCUUGUUGACGAAACCGAAAACAUCAACACCAACCCAGCCCUUGUUGACGAAACCGAAAACAUCAACACCAACCCAGCCCUUGUUGACGAAACCGAAAACAUCAACACCGACCCAGCCCUCGUUGACGAAACCGAGAACAUCAACACCGACCCAGCCCUUGUUGACGAAACCGAGAACAUCAACACCGACCCAGCCCUCGUUGACGAAACCGAGAACAUCAACACCGACCCAGCCCUUGUUGACGAAACCGAGAACAUCAACACUGACCCAGCCCUUGUUGACGAAACCGAGAACAUCAACACUGACCCAGCCCUUGUUGACGAAACCGAGAACAUCAACACUGACCCAGCCCUUGUUGACGAAACCGAGAACAUCAACACCGACCCAGCCCUUGUUGACGAAACCGAGAACAUCAACACUGACCCAGCCCUUGUUGACGAAACCGAGAACAUCAACACUGACCCAGCCCUUGUUGACGAAACCGAGAACAUCAACACCGACCCAGCCCUUGUUGACGAAACCGAGAACAUCAACACCGACCCAGCCCUUGUUGACGAAACCGAGAACAUCAACACCGACCCAGCACUCGUUGACGAAGCCGAGAACAUCAACAUCGGCCCAGCACUGGUUGAUGAAAGCGAGCCAAUCUCAACUGACCCCGCUUUGGUUGACAAGCCCGUUCCAGCUGGUUCUCCUCUUGUUCAAGUUAUCAUUAACAUUAAGUCCGCCUCAAGCCCAGCUUCCAAGCCUGAAGCCAUUGACAACAGCCCUGCUAUCAUCCCUGAAACUCCCAUAAUUCCAGACCCAAUCAACAUUGGCCAACCCGAUCUUCCUCUCAUCCCAGACCCAAUCAACAUUGGAAAUCCCGUUCUUCCCGACUUAGCCAUGAACCUCCCUGACGAACUUCACUAAAUAACUGUAUUCACAAACAAACCAAAUUUAUAACUGUAAUGAAAUUAUUAUUAAAAGCAAAUAAAUGAUUAUUUUUUA